CGCAAUUUAAAUUCAUCAGUGGAUCACUAACGUGCAAAAAUGGUGCUGAAAAUUGUACUUUUCGUCGCGUUAGCGGUUACCGCUACGGCCCGUAGGCCCCCAAAUGCCAAUUAUGCUGAAGGGCUCCUGAAAAAUUCGCCUGCUUCGCGUAUGUCCAGUGAUAUUGAAGAGGACAUCAAUUUAGAUGCGCCCGGCCUUGUAGCAAAAUAUGGCUAUCCCAUCGAAGUGCACAACGUCAUCACCUCCGACGGCUACAUCCUAGAGAUGCACAGGAUCCCCCAUGGCAGGGACCAGAACAACACUCCCGACCCCAAGAAGAUCCCUGUGCUUGUUAUGCACGGUCUUCUGUCUUCUUCUGCUGACUUCAUCGUUUUGGGACCCGGCAGCGCUUUAGCCUACCUGCUCGCUGAAGCCGGUUACGACGUAUGGCUAGGCAAUGCCCGUGGUAACUUCUACUCCCGCAAACACAGAACCCUGAACCCAGACAGCACCAUCAACCACAACUUCUGGAGAUUCAGUUGGGAUGAAAUCGGUAACAUCGACCUCGCUGCUUUCGUAGACUUCAUCUUGGAGAGAACUGGUCAUGAGAAACUCCACUACAUCGGCCAUUCUCAGGGCGGAACCACCUUCCUGGUGUUGAACUCUUUGAAACCCCAAUACAAUGACAAGUUCAUCAGCUUCCAAGGGUUAGCUCCUGCUUCCUACUUCGAACACAACGAGGUGGAACUAUUCCUCAGCUUGGCUCCUCAUGAAGCAACCAUUGAGACUACCGCCUUCCUCCUAGGCCAGCCUGAGGUCUUCGGUAACCGAGAUUUCGUGAGCUGGAUUAGAUCAACUUUCUGCAAUGGAAUGCCUAAUCUCAUGGCUGAACUCUGUGAUAUGGAAUUCGACAACAUUCUCGACCCUGAACAUUACAAUGCUACCAUGAUCCCACUGUUCUUGUCGCACGCACCAGCUGGUGCCUCCGUGCGCCAAGUCGCCCACUACGGUCAAACCAUCCGCUUCAACGCUUUCCGUCGCUACAAUCACAAUCCUAUCACCAACUUGGCAACAUACGGCAAUGCGAACCCUCCAGCCUACGACCUCUCCAAGGUCACCGUCCCCUCCUACCUCCACUACGGCCAGAAUGACAAAGAAGUUAAUUACAAGGACCUCAUGACUCUUGCAGCGAAUUUGCCCAAUGUUGUCGGUACGUACAAAGUUGAGAGAGAUACUUUCAACCACUACGAUUUCAUUUGGGGCAAGGAUGUGAGAGACGAGCUGUACGAAAGGACCCUGAUCCCCCUGAUGAAGGAGGCUGAGAGCAAACUAUGAUUCCGACGCUACUUGUAAAUAGUGUAAAUAUGAUUGUGAUAUAAGGAUUCCGAUUUAAGAUUUGUUUUAUUUAUUGUCCUUCUUAAAUAAGAAGAGUUCUUGAAUGGAGACAGUGAACUUGUAGAUAUUAAUAAUGAUGGCUUGACGUGUGUGAUUAAUGUUUUUUGUCAAGUCGUUAUUCAAAAUCAAAAGAGUUAUUUGUAAGAGCGGCUUCAAAUUAAGCGUUUGAACAGCGUGGGCGUUCGCGUCGCGCAGAAGCCACGUUGGCGUUAUAGCGGCGUCAGAACAAGAGUAAAUGCAAUGCAUUAUCCUACGUUGGACAAACGCUCAAUUUGGAGGCGCUCUUAAAUGUCCUGUUAAAUUACAAUUUAGACAGCGGUGGAGUUGUACAUGGACCUUGGUCCAUUAUUUUCCUGUGGAUAUAAAUAUGGUAAAUGUAUUAACUUCGCAAUGUUUGUAAUUACACUGAUUAAUGAUUACUGA